AUGGCUGACACUAAGAAAGCCGCAGCGCAGCCCCUUGAGCUUUCAGUCUCGCAGAAAGAGACUGGAGGCACUAAUAGACUGGCUACUGCUCAGCAGAUGUCACAGGAAGACUUUGCUGCCGCAGAAAAGCGUCUCAAGCGAAAGCUCGACAUACGUCUUUUGUUAUGUGUUUGGGUUAUCUUUGUCAUGAAUUAUCUCGACAGAAAUAACAUAGCUGCUGCCAAAGUUGCCGGUAUAGCAACAUCCCUAAAUCUGACCAGUACCCAAUAUGCCACGGCUGUGGCUAUUCUUUUCGCCGGCUACGUCCUGAUGCAACUUCCUUCGAAUAUAUUCUUGGCUCAUUUGCGUCCAUCUAUCUACCUCCCCACCUGCAUGGCUAUAUGGGGCAUGCUGUCAGCUCUGGUAGGAGCAACUCACAAUGCUGGGGGGCUGUAUGCUUUGAGGUUCUUACUGGGCUUUGUUGAAGCUGCUUUCUACCCGGGAGCUUUGUUUCUUAUUUCCUCAUGGUACAAACGUGAGGAAAUGGGCGUACGCAGUGCAUUUCUUUUCUCGGGGUCCCAGCUAGGAAGCGCCUUUUCCGGCUUAAUCGGUGCGGGCAUCGAGAGCGGCCUUAACGGAGCUCGAGGACUUGAAUCAUGGCGCUGGAUCUUUAUUAUUGAAGGCUCCAUCACUGUGUUUAUUGCUUUGGUCGCGAUAUUAGUUUUACCCGACUACCCAUCCAAUACUCGCUGGCUCACCCCCGAAGAGCGCGCAGUGGCCGAAUGGCGCCUGAUCUCAGAUGCCGGGCAGGUAGAUGAAGAUGACGAGCGCUGGAGCUACGGAUUCAAAAUGGCCUUUGCCGACUGGCGACUUUAUGUCUUCGCAUUGACAUUCCUCUGCAUUCAAGUGGCCAGUGCUACGUCUAAUUUCUUCCCUUCCGUCGUUCAAACACUGGGUUUCGGCCGUGUUAAUACGCUGCUGCUCACGGUUCCGCCAUACAUAGCGGCGCUCACCCUUGCGAUCCUGAACAACUGGUCUGCAGACCGGUUGCAGAAUUCCUCUUUCCACAUAAUAUGGGUGUUGGCGGUGGCUAUCGUCGGCUUCGUCGUUGCAGCCGCGUCCUUGAACACCGGAGCUCGCUACUUUGCUAUGAUACUCAUGGUUGCGGGAGGUCAUGGUGCAAAUGCCGUGCUGCUGGCUUGGACGCAGAAAACCAUGCUUCGACCUCGGAUCAAGCGCGCAUCAUCGGUGGCUUUUGUGAAUGCUGUUGGGAACUUGGCGCAGAUCUUCUCUUCCUACCUCUACCCAGAAGAAUCUGCACCGCGCUACGUCCUCGCCAUGUCUGCAAAUUCGGGAUUCACGUUUGCUGCUAUCUGCCUAACUCUCUUCAUGCGGAUUGUUUUGAUCAGAGCUAACAAGCGUCUGGCUAGCGGUACAUCCACCGUGGCGGAGGAGAUGAAGGGUCAGAGCCAGGCCGAAAUUGCCGGCUUGACUGAUGAAGAACGUCUGGCUCGGAGGGAGGAAUUCCGUUAUGUUGCCUAG